UUAAAUCAUCGAAAAUAACAUAAACCUAACGUCAUAUAUUUAAUCGACUUGUAAUAGAGUACAACAUUGUGUAUAUAUUUACGUAAGUUAUCCUAAAUACCGAAAUUGAUUUUGCAAUCACGGCAAUUUAUCAGUUAUACUAUCGUUAUAGUUUAUUGCCAUCUGAUUUAAAGUUGAUCUAGAUAAUUAUAGCUUAUAUAAACGCUAUUGAAGUAAUGAGAGGGUAAACUUUCAUUAUGAAGGUGUUAGUGAUUUUUGCGGUGCUCGCGGCAGCAGCCAAUGCCAAAUCUAUCAACUCUUUAGUACCUGACAAUCACUCUGCUUACGGGUAUUUGCAAGAUGUCGGAGUCCCAGAAGCUGAAAGGAUACAAAAAGCAGAAGAGGCAUAUCUGAGGGGAAGAAUCACUGGAGGAGUUCCCGCUGCUCUUGGUCAAAUUCCCUACCAGGCUGGUCUAAUCACUGAUAUUAUUGGCAUCACCGGGCGUGGAGUUUGCGGCGGUACCCUCAUUUCACCAGACAGAGUGUUGACUGCUGCGCAUUGCUGGUACGAUGGUAGACACCAGGCGUGGAGGGUGACCGUGGUGCUUGGCUCCGUGCUGCUGUUCUCUGGCGGGAACAGACAACAGUCCAGCGUUGUUGUCACACACCCGAGUUGGAUUCCCCUGUUAGUCAGAAACGACAUCGGUGUCAUCUAUUUACCUUCGGCUGUUGCGCAAUCAGCCACAAUAGCAACAAUUUCGUUGCCAAGUGAUGCUGAAACCAGUCAGACCUUCGCCGGAUACCGCGCUAUUGCUUCUGGCUUCGGUGCUACAAGCACAGGUGCUAACAUUACCACCAGUCAAUACCUGAGCCAAGUGAAUCUGAACGUGAUUUCCAAUAGUGUGUGCAACAUCGCGUUCCCAUCGGUCAUACAGAGUUCUAACUUGUGCACGAGUGGUCUCGGCGGGAUCGGGGUCUGCGGCGGCGACUCCGGCGGCCCACUGGUCACCACCUACAACGGCAGACAGAUUGUGAUCGGAGUGACUUCCUUCGGCAUUCGUUUCGGCUGUGACAUCGGAUAUCCGUCGGCGUUCGCUAGAGUCACUUCAUUCUUGGAAUUCAUCACAUCAAAUUUGUAAACAAAAUGUACAUAUGAGUACCUAUACAAUGCAAUAUUAAAACUAAUAAAAAUGUAACAAUCUCA